UUACAAUACAUUAAACCUGAGCAAAUAAUAACAAUUAAGAGUCGCGCUGUAAAUAAGAAAUAAUCAUUACGGGCUGUUUAAUUUUCUUACCGUCUCUGCCAGACAUUUUUGCAGUACUGCGAGCACAGAGAUCCCGAUCACUGCUCUGCAAGGACCCCAGGAAGCGGUGGUCACCCGGAAAUAGGUAUCCUUCGCCCGCCUGCAUUUAUUUCUGCUCGUCUGAACGGUUAGCGUGUGACCAAACAGAUGCCUGUCUCGAUUUGCUUGGACACAAGGUAGCUAUAACCGGGGGCCAGCUGAAGUGUCCCGUGGCUCUGCGGUGCAUCGACGUACUGCUCUUCAAUGAGGUACAGAGGAGGAUAUGUGCUCUCCUGGGGCUACGGGAAAUGCUGCUACUUCUUUCCUCGCUUCAGAAGCCUCCAGACCAGUGUCUUUCCUGGCAGACUGUACUGUACGCACCAUGAAAGUUCAAAGAAAGAACCACUGAAAGAAGGGACGCUACAACAACGUACAGCGGAUGGCCUGAGGAGUCUAGCUGAGGUGGGCAGGCAGUGGGGACACAAUUCAGUGACGACUGCCUUGGCCACCCUUAACUACUGGUGGGAAAAGUAUGAGGAAUUUGUGGGCCUCACUGAAGUCAGAGAGGCACAGACAAAGGUCACAGAGGCGGAGAAGGCAUUUAUGGUGGCAAGAGGGAUGGUUCGUGAGGCACAUGGGAGUUUGGAAACUCUGCAAGGGAGGCUGAAGGAGGUGAGAGACAGACUGGACCGUGUUUCCCGUGAGGAGGCACACUACUUGGAGCUGGCAACUCUGGAACAUAAGCUGCUGCAGGAGGAACGGCGUCUGCGAACAACCUACGAAAAUGCAGAGGAGGCAGAGAGGGAGAAGUUUGCUCUGUUUUCAGCCGCAGUGCGUGAAAGCCAUGAGAAGGAGCGAGCUCGGGCAGAACGAACCAAGAACUGGUCUGUCAUUGGUUCUGUCCUGGGGGCUUUGAUAGGGGUCAUGGGCUCCACGUAUGUUAACAGGGUACGCCUCCAAGAGCUGAAGAACUUGCUGCUGGAGGCACAGAAAGGACCAGUGAGUCUACAGGAAGCCAUCAAAGUGCAGGACAGUCUGUAUAAGACUCAGCAGGAGGAGCUCAGGGGCCUUAUCAACACCCUGAGAGGAUCUCUUUUGGAAAGGACAGAGGAUAAAGGAGCCAAGACCUUACCUGUCCCAGUGCCUUCUACCAUCUCCCAAAGCCCCCUUCCAAGUGAUGCCCACUCAGUGCUCAAGGACAUCCUACUGUCAACCCAGAAAGCCCAGACUCUAAUGGAAGGCCUCAAGCCACCACUAGUUCAGCUGGAACAGACAGUUGGCAAGAUGCAGUCUGAACUCCAGGCAGUGAAAAGGGCAUUUGAUAGUCGCCCUAUUCUAGAGAAGCCAGUUAUAAGUCCAGAGGAUGCGCAUGUGCAUGUCUUUGAUGCUGAGGGUGUCAUGCAAGGACUGGCCCAAACCGAAAAGAGGCUUAAAUCCCAGAUUAAUAAGACUAGUGUGUACAACACAGUUUUGACUUACACUGCAUUUGCCAUAACUCUACCUCUAUUGUAUUUACUUUUUAAAAGUAAUUGA